CUUGACUUUUGAUCAGCUGGUGUGGGUAUAUACUCUGUCCUAAUACUGUGCGAACCUGCUGACACUUUUGGGUCCUUUACCACCACGAAUACUUGACUGUGAUCAUGACCACUUUCGAUGACAUCUUAGAGGAAAUCGGCCAGUUUGGUCGAUGCCAAAUUCGAAUAGUUGCCCUUUUCUGUUUAGUCUCCAUGCCUUUUCCUUGCGCCUACGUGGGGAUUGUGUUCCAGGGCUUCACCCCCGAGCAUUGGUGCCGUGACCCGGGUGUCAGUGAAAUCAGCGAGCAUUGCAGUUGGAGUCUUCAAGAUGCACGAAGGGUCACCGUGCCCCUGGUGAAUACCUCUGUAGGUGUGGGAUACAGUCAAUGUGAGAGAUACAACAUAGACUGGAACUCCACCAAUAUUACCUGUGACUAUCCUGAAGGUGACACCAACCAGGCCCAACGUAUUGCAUCGCCUGUGAAGCCCUGCACGGAUGGUUGGAAGUACGACUAUGAAGGGAGACAAUCUUUUGUGACUGAGUUUGAUCUAGUGUGUGCAGACGCCUGGUAUGUUGACAUGUUCCAGGCAUCACUCAAUGUUGGUUUUUUGGUGGGCAGCAUUACAAUUGGAUACCUGGCUGACAAAAUCGGUAGAAUGAAGAGUUUCAUGCUGACCAACUUCGUCAUUGCAGUAACAGGAAUUCUGGUUGCCACGUCCCCCAAUUACAUCUCCCUGCUUGUGUUCAGAGCUUUAUAUGGCUUUGGAGUGAAGGGUGGCUGGAUGGUUGGAUAUGUGCUACUCACAGAGCUGGUUGGAGUUGGAUACAGGAGAACAGUGGGUGUGACCUAUCAGAUGUUCUUCAGCCUCGGUCUUCUGGUACUUGCUUUACUUGCUUACAUCAUCCCAAACUGGCGCUGGUUACAGGUGGUCUUCACCGUACCUUACAUCUGCUUCUUAUCAUAUUACUGGUUUGUCCCUGAAUCACCAAGAUGGCUUAUCUCCCAAAACAACAAAGCCAAAGCUUUGGAGAUCACACAAAAAAUAGCCAAAGAGAACAGGAAGACACUGACCAAGAAUAUUGAGUCAUUGGAAGAUGACAGCACAGACUCUUCCUCAUCCGCUUCCUUCAUGGACUUGAUCAAAACUCCCAAGUUGAGAAAGUACACUUUUAUUUUGAGUUUCAACUGGUUUACCAGUGCUGUGGUUUACCAGGGUCUCGUUAUGAGACUGGGAAUCGCUGGUGGAAAUGUCUAUUUGGACUUCCUCAUAUCUGGAAUUGUGGAAUUCCCAGCAGCGUUCCUCAUCCUCCUUACUAUUGAGCGGAUCGGCAGACGGCUUCCAUUUGCAGCCGCAAAUAUCGUGUCCGGGGCUGCCUGUUUAAUCACAGCAUUCAUUCCGGACAGUAUGUUCUGGUUAAAAACCACUGUUGCUUGUAUCGGCCGUCUGGGCAUCACUAUGGCUUUUGAAAUGGUAGUAUUUGUGAACACUGAACUGUAUCCCACUGUUAUCAGAAAUCUGGGUGUAUCAGCCUGUUCCACAUUAUGUGACAUUGGAGGGAUUGUAGCUCCAUUCCUACUCUAUCGGCUUGCUGUCAUCUGGAUAGAAUUACCUCUCAUCAUUUUUGGUGCUCUUGCGUUUGUGGCUGGUGGACUUGUUCUACUGUUACCUGAAACCAAAGGUGUACCUCUUCCAGAAACCAUUGGUGAUAUUGAAUGUCCAAAGAGCAACAAAGAAAACCACCUGAAGAGUCAACAGAUUGAGAAUCUGCUGUCGUCUGAUGUGUCAUCUAACAAAGAUGAUACAACCGUCUGAGAGAGAACACAGCAACCUCUGUAACUGCAUUAUUUAGUGAUUUAUUCAAAAUAUGAAACAAAAUUUAAGCAAUAUCACCAGAGUCACAGAUGCUCUGAUUUUUCAAAAAGCUGCUCUUCACUCCUCUCAUUCCCCAAUGUUCACGUACUGUGGACUGGAUCGUCAUGAAUGCAGACAAGAGGAGUGAUACAAACAUAUUCUUGGGAACGUAUUUUAUAAGGGGUGUGCUGGGGGCGGGGCUUGAUGUUGCGAGACAGUGAGACAGAGGGACUUUAAACAAAAUACUUUUUUUUGGGGGGGGGGGUCUUAAAACAACAAAACACGUUUUUAUAUUUGAAGAGUUUGGUUCCAAAACACAAUAAAUCCAUUUUGACUAAUUUCAUUAAAAAUGUGUUUUCUAUACCUAUUCUAUAUAAGUGACACGAUGAAAACCACUAUUUUCUGUUACAAACUUUCAAAUAGCAUCUUUAGGUUAUAAUAAUAUUAAAAAUUCAAAUCCAUAUUUUGAUUUUCAAAUUUUUUAUAAAAACUUUUUUUACGCAAAAUGCAAAAAAUCUAUUGAAUCAAUAUAUAAAUCUGCAUUCAUCUUUACCAUGUUAUAUUCAUUUAGUUGACUAGUGGUAUACACUAAUGCUAUUAAUGUUUAUGUUUUUAAUCAAUCAAAUCAGCUGUAAAAUGUUUUGGUCCUGCUCGAUUUUCAUUGACUUCGUGGAAAAUAAUAAAAAGUUUUUCAUAAGAUCCCCUGGGGUCAAUGUGUUAGCAUGACAGAAGCUUGAUGCUGUCAUGUGAGAACAAGCAACAGCCGGCAUUUUUCCUUCGCCCGAGUGCCUUUCGCGUAAAUUAUUACAUUUUGAUGAGUUACGUUUCUUCCCCGCUACUGGUUUAAUGCCAUUAAAGUAUUAUUUUGUUUGUUGUCGAAGAACAAAGUAGAUGAGAAAAAAACAGGAUUCCGUGUACUCAACGCGCCGCCAUUUUUGUUUACAAUGCGUGGCAUGGUGCGCUGUGAUUGGUUGAGCGUAUUUAUUGCAUUCUGCAGAGAAGAAGGACUGGCGUUUAUUGCAUUUUGGGAAAAAAGGGAGAAAAUAUGACAGAAUAACACGGCAGAUCUUGGGUUUUGCGUAAAAUUAAGAAUGUACUUUUUAAAUAUCGACCAGAUACAAUACUGAUUUUGGCGGUAACUUUUUU